CAAAUCCCUCCACCAUGCGCUGCACCUCUUCCUCCUCCUCCUCCUCCCCGCAAUCCGGCUUCUGUUUCCGAAAUGAGCGGAGAGAGCCCCCCUCCCAAACUGCCUGCUUCUCCCGCAAGUGGAGCUUCUGCGCCGGAUUGCUGCUCUGCGCCGUAGCUCUAGGGGCGCGCGCUUUCGGAAAGGGGAGGAGGAUGGGAAGAGGAGGAUCCCCGCCCCCCGUGGAUGUUGCAGGAAAGAAAUGAGACUCGGGAGCGAGGACAAAGAGGGCCUGCCUUCACCUGCAGCAGAAUUCCCUAACCCACCAAGGAUUUGAGACCCAGCAGAUAUCCUCACCUGGUUUAGCCGGCCAGUUGAAGCUGUUCCUGGGAUUGUGGGCCCCUGUUGCAUGCUGACAGCUUCUGGAAGCCACAGGAUUUCCUUUCCGCCCAUUCUGAAGAAGGUGAUACAGAAGACAGUCAGAAUUCUGGGAGAUGGGGAACAUUCUGUUUCAUUAGGAAUAGCCAUUAAAAUGUGUGAAAUGUGGAAUAUGCUUCACUGAAUGAGCACACAUAUCUCACAUCAAUGAACUCAAACAGGGGAGAAACCAUUUAGAGGUAUGGAGUAUGGAAAAAGUUUCACUGACAGUGGAAAACUUAGAACACAUCAACUGACUCACAUGGGCAAGAAACGAUUUCAAUGCACAGAGUGUGGAAAGAACUUCAGUCAGAGGGGACACUUAAAUUUACAUCAACGGACACAUACAGGUGAGAAACCUUUUAAAUGUAUGGAGUGUGGAAAGAGCUUCAGUCAGAAUGGAAACCUUAGAAAACAUGAACAGACGCACGCAGGGGAACAACAUUUUAAAUGCAUGGAGUGUGGAAAGAGCUUCAGUCAGAGUGGACAGCUCAAUAAACACCAUUGGACUCACACAGGAGAAAAACCAUUUGAAUGUAUGGAGUGUGAAAGGAGCUUCAGUUUCAAUGGAAACCUUAGAACACAUCAACAGACUCACACAGGGGAGAAACCAUUUAAAUGCAUGAUUUGCGGAAGGAGCUUCAGUUUCAAUGCAACCCUUAAAAGACAUCAAUGGAUUCACACAGGGGAGAAACCAUUUAAAUGCAUGGAGUGCGGAAAGAGCUUUAGUGAUAAUGGAACACUUAGAAGACAUCAACGGACUCACACAGGGGAGAAACCAUAUAAAUGUAUGGAGUGUGGAAAGAGCUUCAGUCACAGUGGACACCUCAAUAUACAUCAACGGACUCACACAGGGGAGAAACCAUUUAUAUGUAUGGAGUGCGGAAAGAGCUUUAGUGGUAAUGGAAACCUUAGAAGACACAAACGGACUCACACAGGAGAGAAACCAUUUAAAUGUUUGGAGUGCGGAAAGAGCUUUAGUGACAAUGGUAAACUUAGAACACAUCAACAGACUCACACAGUAGAGAAACCAUUUAAAUGCCUGGAGUGUGGAAAAAGCUUCAAGCGGAGUGGACAGCUCAGUAAACACCAUUGGACUCACACAGGAGAAAAACCAUUUGAAUGUAUGGAGUGUGGAAGGAGCUUCAGUUUCAAUGGAAACCUUAGAAGACAUCAACAGACUCAUACAGGGGAGAAACCAUAUAAAUGUACGGAGUGUGGAAAGACCUUCAGUCAAAUUGCGCACCUUAGAACACAUCAACGGACUCACACAGGAGAGAAACCAUUCAAAUGCAUGGAGUGUGGAAAGAGCUUCAGUCAGAUUGGAAGCCUUAAAUUACACCAACGGACUCACACGGGUGAAAAACCAUAUAAAUGUAUGGAGUGUGGAAAGAAUUUCAGAUUUAGUGGAACCCUUAGAACACAUGAAGAGACUCACAUAAGUAAAAAACGAUUUAAAUGCAUGGAUUGUGGAAAGUAUUUCAGUCAGAGUGCACACCUUAGAACACAUCAACGGAUUCACACAGGGGAGAAACCAUUCAAAUGUAUGGAGUGCGGAAAGAGCUUCAGUGACAGUUCAAGACUCGAUUUACAUCGACGAACACACACAGGGGAGAAACCAUUUAAAUGUAUACAGUGUGGAAAGAGCUUCAGUCAGUUUGGAAACCUUAGAGCACAUCAACGGACUCACACAGGGGAGAAACCAUAUGAAUGUAUGGAGUGUGGAAAGAGCUUCAGUCAGAUUGGAAACUUUAGAAUACAUCAACAGACUCACACUGGGGAGAAGCCAUUUAAAUGUAUAGUGUGUGGGAAAAGCUUCAGUUUCAAUGCAAACCUUAGAACACACCAGCGGACUCACACAGGAGAGAAACCAUUUCAAUGUAUGGAAUGCGGAAAGAGCUUCAGUCAAACUGCACACCUUAGAACACACCAACGGACUCACACAGGGGAGAAACCAUAUAAAUGUAUGGAGUGCGGAAAGAGCUUCAGUCAGAGUGGACACCUCAAUAUACAUCAACGGACGCAUACAGGGGAGAGAUCAUUUUAAUGAAUGCACUGCGGAAAAGUUUCAGUAAGAGUGAAAAUCUUAGAGGAAGACAUCUACAGACACAGAGGGGGGAAAGCACUUAUGGCUUCAGUCAGAGUGAAACUCUUGAUUUACGUCAACAAACUCACACAAGAGACAAACCACAUAAAUGUCAGGAAGAACUUAAGGGUAGAGGUUCAGUCCUAUUGGAAGUCCUACAUCAACAGAGCCAGUGUGGUGUAGUGGUUAAGAGCCAUAGACUUGUAAUCUUGGGAACCGGGUUCGCGUCUCCACUCCUCCACCUGCAGCUGCUGGGUGACCUUGGGCCAGUCACACUUCUCUGAAGUCUCUCAGCCCCACUCACCUCACAGAGUGUUUGUUGUGGGGGAGGAAGGGAAAGGAGAAUGUUAGCCGCUUUGAGACUCCUUCGGGUAGUGAUAAAGCGGGAUAUCAAAUCCAAACUUUUCUUCUUCUUCUUCAUGGUCAGGAAUAACUUUAAGAGCUGAGGCCCUACAAACCAACAACAAACUCAAAGAUGAGAAGCAGUUUAGAUGGAAACAUCGCAGAAAGUGCUUUAGUUACAAUGGAGUGUUUAUGAAACAUCUAGGGAGAUCUAAAGGGGAGAACCCUGUUAGAUGUAUGGAGUGCUUAUAUGUAAAACUGUAUAGUCAUGAAAUAAUGAAGGUAAUGUCUCACAACAGUGAUUAUAAUUUUAUAUGUAAAGUUCAUUUUGAUAGAGAGGGGGAAUCUAGAUUGUUGGUGAUGAGGAUCAGGGCUUUGUAAAGCAAUUGAUAUUGCAAUACACCGUGAAUCACAGUGUGUGUUUCUGGGAUGUGCCUGGAAGCAGCGGCAGAAAGUUUUUCUUCAUGAAGGCCCCGCAGAUGGCGAGUUGCUGACUUCCCUCCCAGACGACAGGAAGCGAAACACACACCUCCAUUGCCCUGCGUCCUUCCAGCCUCUUUCCUCGCUUGCUCCCUUCUGCCGGUGUGUGUUCCUGACCUAGAUAUCCUGUGUGCUGUAUUUUUUAAUGGCUGAAACUGGAUUUGCUCUCAGAAACAAAGUUUUGUGCCUCACUGGGGACCCAGUGAGAACUGUAUGCUUUGAAAGCUCAGUAAAGUAUUACUGAAGAAGU